CCGCCAUGUUGCUAGGCGACAACCAUAAACAGAGCUGGCGGCAGAGGCCCGGGUCGAGGCGCCGCCUGGACACCGGUGCAAGAGGUCGGGCGGCAGGUAAGCGUAGCCACGGUAAAUAGUGCACUCAAAACUGGACGUAGAAGAAAAAUAACCUUCAAAUGGAUGCGCAGAAGUAGAAGAGUUUUUUUAAAACUUCAAACUUUUCAGCCAUCCAAUAUGGAAGAAAUUGCAGUCAAAGUUGCUGUGAGGAUUCGGCCACUCCUUCCAAAAGAGAUCCUUCACAACCAUCAAGUUUGUGUUCGAGUUGUUCCAAACACACAACAGGUUGUGAUUGGGAGAGAUCGUGCUUUCACAUUUGAUCUUGUAUUUGGACAAAAAUCAUCACAAGAAGAUGUAUACUCAGCCUGUGUAAAGCCUUUGGUGACAUCAGCAGUUGAAGGUUACAAUACCACUGUUUUUGCUUAUGGACAGACAGGAUCGGGAAAAACAUACACAAUUGGAGGUGGACAUGUUGCCUCAUUUUCUGAUGAGUUGAAAGGGAUUAUUCCACGUGCCAUUAAUGAGAUCUUCCAAAACAUUAUGGAAAAUGAUAAUAUAGAUUUUAGUGUGAAAGUAUCCUACAUUGAAGUGUAUAAAGAAGAACUACGGGACCUUUUGGAGUUACAAAGCACCAGCAAAGACAUCCAUAUUCGAGAAGAUGAAAAAGGAAACACAGUGAUCAUUGGGGCUAAGGAGUGUGAGAUUGAGACACCAGAUGAAAUGAUAAGUCUUUUGGAGUCUGGCAAUGCAGCUCGUCACACAGGCACCACCCAGAUGAAUGAACACUCCAGCCGAUCACAUGCCAUUUUCACGAUGUACCUUAAUCAAAAACGGCCUAAAAAUGAGCCACAAUCAAAUAAUAAUAGUGAAAAUAUUAUAGAAGAAUCACGGAUGUCAUUUCAGUUGAUCUCAUCCAAAUUUUGCUUUGUUGACCUUGCCGGUUCAGAAAGGGUUACGAAAACAGGGAACACUGGUGAACGAUUUAAGGAAUCAAUUCAAAUAAACAGUGGUCUCUUGGCGCUUGGGAAUGUGAUUAGUGCUCUUGGAGACCCAAAGAGAAAAAGUAUACACAUUCCAUAUAGAGACACUAAGAUAACUCGUUUGCUUAAGGACUCUCUUGGAGGGAAUGCCAAAACUACAAUGAUUGCCUGCAUUAGCCCUUCAUCGUCAAACUUUGAUGAAUCCCUUAACACUCUAAAGUAUGCCAAUAGAGCCAGAGACAUAAGAAAUAAACCGAUUGUAAAUUAUGACCCGGACUGGGAUCGGAUAGAUGAAAUGGAACUACAAAUUAAAACACUUCGGGAGGCGCUGCAGAAUCAACGGACAAAUCUACUUACUCAUGCCAACCAAACUUCACAAGACUUGUUAAGUCAGGACAAAAAACGGAUCAAUUAUCUGGAAGAGCAGAUGGCCCAUCUACAAGUGGAAAGCUAUCAUUAUAAACAUUGCAUAGAUGAAGCUUUACACUUCCUUUUGGAAGUUAGAGAUACAAAUAGUUUGAAAGUAAGCCAACAGCAAAAAAUAGAGGAGUGGUUCAAUCUGGUAGAGGAGCUGCAAAAUGAAUUGACUGACACAAAUGGUGUCGAGAGUGUAGUUGGAAAUGGAGGACAAGAUUCUCUUCACAUUACAAUAUUUCAGUUGAAAAGAGAAUUGAAGAAAUGCCAGGAUAGCCUGGCUACAGAUGAAGAAUUACUCAGUCAAAAAGCAGUGGAGUUGAAGGAAACACAGGAGGAAAUGCAGGCAUUCGAACAGGAAAAAGUGGAAUUAUUAGAAACUUUAAGAGAAUUACAAAAUAUAUGCCACACUCAAAAUGAUAAAAUUAUUGACCAACAGCUGAUUAUUGAUCAACUCCAGAAAGAACUACAGGUCAUUAAAUCUGACAGUGUUUCAACUCAUAGACAUUCAAAUGAAGCAUCUUUAGCUGUGACCUUAGCAAAAAGACCUCACAGUGUGCCAUUAUCAAAACUUCAUCUGAAAUUUUUCAACAUAAUACAGGCCCAUCAAGCUGAAUCCAGCACAGACUCCAGAAAGGUGCACACAAGCCCACCUUCAAAUGCCCUAGACAGGGUGAUGGCAGAGUUUCGAACACGCACUCAGAUGUUACUGGAGCACCAUGAACAAGAGCAUGACGAGGCUCUUCAUAAAUUAGCUGAAGGUAGCAAUGAUGUGGAAGUAGAAGAGAAAGAAAAUAUUAAUGCUCAGCCUUCCAGGCUUUUAAGAAAUCGGACGUGGACUCAGAAGCAAACCUGUGUGAUGAGUAGCAUGAAGUUUUUAAAAAAGAACUUCCAAGUGGACUAUCAAGAACAAGAUGAAAAUGAAACAUACUUUGAGUCACAGAAAGUCUUACAAAAUAAUUCCUCCUCUGAGACUGCCCGUUUGCGUGAAAGCCAAGUAUUAAACAUGAAGAGAUUGAAGACUGUAGAUAUGGAUGUGGCUCAUUCUAAGCAAAAAAUAAGAGAACUUGCCAUCAACAUUCGCAUGAAGGAAGAGCUCAUCAAAGAAUUGGUUAAAACAGGUAAAGAUGCUCAAGCUGUGAACCGACAGUAUUAUCAAAAGAUUACUCAGUUAGAACAAGAAGCCGAGCAUGCUAAGACUGACCUCACUGAAGCUCAAAAACAACUACAGGGACUCGAGAACAAAGAGCUCAGGGACGCUGCAGAGAAAGUAAAAUUGCAGAAGGAAUUCCGCAAGAAGAUGGAAUGUGCCAAAGUUAAAGUACAGACCCUGCAAAAGAAAGAGCGGGAAACGAAGAAGCUGUAUUCCAUGUCAACACAGAGUGAGAAACGGUUGGCCCAAUUGAGCCAGAAUGUAGAAAACAUGAAACAACAACAACAGCUACUCCAGAAAAAACUGCAAGAAGAAAGUGAAAAAAAAAGAAAAUUGGAAACUGAGAUUCAAAGAGAUCAACAACGAAUCAAAGAGCUGGAAUUAAAGCAUGAGCACCAGCAGAAAAUCCUGAAAAGAAAAACUGAAGAGAUUACCCAUCUGAAGAAAAAGAAUUACUCACAUAUUAGUACACAGGAGCAGCAGAGGAUUGAUGAGCAACGUAAAUGGUUGGAUGAGGAAGUGGAAAAGGUUCUGCACCAAAGACAAGCUUUAGCUGAGUUAGAAGAGGAUUUGAGAAAAAGGGAAGUUAUUGUAGACAAAAAGGAGGCACUAUUGCAGGAGAAAAAACAAUUAGAAAUCAAAAAGUUGCGUUCCAGCCAGGCUUUGAACAAAGAUAUUUUUAAUGUAUCUACUCGUUUAAAGACAAUAGAAAAAGAAUUAUCAGACAAGAGUUUUCAACUUCAAAAUAGUACCAUAGAAGAAAGUAAAACCAUCUCUGAAGAGAUACAAAUACUUCAACAGGAACGAAUUCAGCUUCUGAAAAGAAGGCAUUGUCUGGAUGAGAAACUAGAGCUAGGGAAUGUUCUUUCACCUGAGGAGGAGCGAGUACUACUCCAAUUAGAUGAAGGUAUUGAAGCAGUGGAUGCUGCUAUAGAAUACAAAAAUGAAAUAAUUCACAAUCGCCAGCAUUCAAUGAAAGCCUCAGACGGUAACCUUUCCCAAAAUGAGGAGAAUGUGAUGUUUAAACUAAGUGCCUUAUCGGCUGCUGAGACAAGAGUUCUUCUCUGCAGAUAUUUUAAUAAGGUGAUUAGCCUGCGUGAAAUUGAACGCAACUUGCAGGUUCAAAAUGCAGAAAUGUCCGAGAAAGUAACUGAACACGAGAACAUGGUCCAUGAAUUAGAAUCUGCAGUGGAGCGUUUGUCAAUGGAGAUAGAUCGACGACUGACAAUGCAACAGAAGGAACAUGAACAGAAAAUGCAGCUGGUGUUGCAGUAUUUUAAAGAGAAUACUGGUGAAGGCUCUGCAGAUGGCAUUAAGGCAUAUGAGUCAAAAAUUCAAGUGCUGGAAAAAGACUUGUACUUUUAUAAAAAAACAAGCAGAGAACUGAAAAAGAAACUGCGUGAAUUGGCUGAAUCACAGCCACAGAAUCAGCAAGUGGCAGCUUCAAGAAGUGAUGGUACUGGUGAUGGAGCAUUAAGUCCAAAAGGAGCAGAUAUUUAUACAAACGAUCAAAAGUGGGCUUCAAGACCAUACAAAAGUAUUGAAGAAUAUAAUAGUCUUCUGGCAACAUCUGGAGCAAACAGGAUCCAAAAUGUUUGGGAAGAAGUUUCUGAAACAGCUCACGUUUCCACAAGAAUGAUUUCAGAACAAGGAGAUUCCCUCAGUUCAGAAAUAAUAGAUGGCGCAGAACAAUCAAAAGGCUCGUCAUCCAAAGCUACUCAGAUAUUUGAAAAGCCAUCACAUAUUAUUACUCCUGUACGAUUAUCCCGCAAAGAUUUGCGGCAAAUUACUACAACACAAGUGUCCAUGAAGCGUUCAAGUUUCAGUAGCAGUGUGUGCUCUGUCCCUACAGAUUCUAUUGAGAUAAGUAGAAAAUCUCUGGACUUAAAUACAUAGUACAGCAUUUUCUAGUUAUGAAUCUUGCACUGUUCUACUGGUACAACACAAACUAAUUAUUAGUAUGUCUAGCAAAAUAUACUCUUAAAAUGUGUGCUUUUGUAAGGGGAAGAUUCAUUAUGAACCUGUUACUUAUUCCAAAUUUCACAUGAUGGGAGUUAGAACAUUUGCUAAAUUAAGAUCACCAGCAGAAUCAAAAAGACUCCAAGCAAUGUUGCCUCUCUAGAUUUCGGCAAAUAGCUUCUGAUGACUACUGUAUGAUAGUUAUCUGUCAAUUCAAGACAGCAUUGUCAGAAGACUAAUUGAUGUUAUGUGGGGGAACACGACCAUUCAAAACAGAGGGAAUAAAACAAUGAUCAAUGCAUUGUUUGAAGGGCUAACUGAAAAUAAAUCCUAUUCAUAACUGGCAUGCACUUAAUCACAAAAUAACUAUAUUCCAAGCGUGUGGAAUCUGAAAAAGCUAUUCUAUUAAUUAAAAAAAAAAAUAGGGGUUUUUUUUUACACAACCAAUUUGGGCUAAAUUUAAUCAGCUGCCCAUAACUGAUGAACAAAUUAAUAGAUAGUAAACAUUUUUUUAGUUUCUUGCUUGAAGAAUACGAGGAUUGAAAUUAGUACCACAGGCAGAAACAACAGCCUAUAAUUUCCAUCAAAACCACUUACUAAAAGUGUACUGAAUUUGUAGUCCUGUAUACUGUACCUGCAGGUAACAGGAUAAUUUUCAACUUUAAUGCUUGUGGUUCAAGUCUCACUCCAGCAUUUGUCUAUAAACUUGUUACUAGUGCAAUAUACUACAUAUUAUUGGUGAUCCAAUAAGACAUUGAAAUACAGCCUCAUCAGGUGGUUCAGGUGGAUAUGAACGGACCCAGGCCACGAUUUGUUGAAGAUUAUGAGUAUUCUCAUGAUAUGUUGCCCGUCUAUCUUCUCUCCCCCCACAAAGAGCUCAGUUCCAGUUAUCAGAAACCUCCAACCUUGAUCUAUCCUUAUUUUGAUCAUACAUUGCAUUGAACACAACAGUGGUUUCAAAAACUGUAGCUGCAGCAGAAAAUGUUAUGGUUAUGGUUGGGACACAUUGUUGAGACAAACCAGAAGCAGUUUUAUUUUCCAUAGGUCGUACGAUACCUGAUCCCUGGAUGUGCUUGAAUUACAUUGUAAUAAUAUAAUGAUGAUGAUAAUAUUGCAGAGUUUUUGAACACUCAUUUUGUUAACAACAUGGAAUUUCUUAACAUGGCUCAAGCAAAAAUUGCAAUAUCAAAACAAAAUCAUACUAGCAGGAAAUAGGACCUUGGGCUCGCAAGUAUCCACAACCAAUUAAGAAUGCUGUUUGAUAUUUUCCACGUGUACAGUGAAUGUACCAUUAUGUUUCAAAUGUAGCACACAUCUGUUCUUUAUAGUGCCGUGGUAUGUAAUUCAAUGUUCCAAAUAUUUUGUUCACUUUUGUACUUUAAUAAGUGUCGUAUCAUUCCAGUUCAAUGGUUUGUUAAAAUAUUUUGUGAUUGCACUUGUUAAUUUUAUUUUAAUAAAAGGUUUUUUGUACUUGUAUAGAAAAUAUUGUAAUAUAGCCUUUUGCUUCAGAAUUGAAUCUUAAGGAAUUAGUUGCUGGAAGCUCAUUAAUGAUUAUUUAUGGUUUAAUGUCUAAGAUAAUCUGUCUUAAAUAAAAAGAUAGAAAAUAGGUGAAUAUGAUUAAUUCUUCAUUUGAGAUUUAUUUUCAGUGAGUGUAAUCAUAGUGCAAUUGUAACAUUUAAAUAAUCGUAAACUAUCAAUGCGUUUUGAAAUCAAUUUUACUCAGAUGCAAGCUAAGGAAUGGGAUAA